AUGAUGGACCCAGUCGGGAAUAUUCCUAAACCAAGCCAUACCACAUCCCAGUAUGAUUUUCGACAGACCGUCCAAACCUUGGGCCCGAAAUACGUGCCGUCGGCAGAAUGCGGUGCUCCCCGGAGAAAGCUAGUCAUCGUGGGCGACGUUCACGGGCGAGCAUCACAGCUACAAAAACUUCUGGACAGAGUCUGCUUCGAUAAAGAUGCGGGGGACUACCUAGUUUUUACCGGUGAUCUGGUCAACAAGGGCCCCGACAGCGCGGGCGUGGUACAGCUCGCGAUGGACCUCGGCGCCAGCUGCGUCAGGGGCAACAACGAGGACCGCGUGCUGGCUGCGCGUGGGUUCAUUGAGCGCGGCAGGGUCACUGGGUCUACGGGCGACGACGGGAAGAUGGUUUUCGAAGACAGCAAGGAGAAGUUGCCGGCGGAUAUCCCGUACGCCGUGUCGAGCGACUACGUCACUGCGACGCAGCUUUCUGAGGAGCAGGUAUCGUGGCUCUCAUCGCUGCCUCUCAUCUUGCACAUCGGACCGUUCAGAGGCGCCAAGAGUCCUCCUUGGAACUCUGGGACUGUGGUGGUCGCGCAUGGUGGUCUGGUACCGCUGCUACCGAUGGAGGAGCAAGAUCCUUGGGCUGUGAUGAACAUGCGCAGCCUGGUGUAUCCGAUCGACGGCGUCCACCCGGAGAACGUGGAAGUUGCUCUUGCGAAGAGGAUCAAGAGCCGUCUGUGUCGACAUGCGGCAUUUCAGGUCGCAAAGGGCGAGGGACUCGAUGGUGAGCUGGCACGAGUCUUAAGUCUGUGGGAUGGUGAUGAGGUUUCAAAAAUUGCAACAAAUCAAGAGGGGGGGACCAUUGCCAUUGAACUCAAUGAUGGAAAACGCUGGAGAGAGGCUUGGAACGAGACUCAGAACAUGAUUGAAGCACCAGAGGAUCGCUCGGUUGUCGUGUAUGGUCACGACGCCAAGGAAGGGUUGCAGGUGGAACCAUAUAUCCAAGUACUGGAAUCGCUCAAGGGGAAGGGAGCCCAAGGACCAUGGACCAGGUAUGCGUUUGGUUUGGAUUCUGGAUGUGCGUAUGGUAGAGAGCUAUCGGCCAUGGUGAUUGAGGCGAGUCCGGAUGGAAGUGAUGUUGUUCAUCGUAUAGAGCAGGUCAAGGGGGUUGAAGAAUGA